AUGCCAAUGCAGAAAUAUUACCGCCACAUCUCACCAUUGAGUUAUUUUUUUUUCCUUUUCUUUUUUUUUCUUAUUUCCCUCCUCCUCCUCCUCCUCCUUUUCCUUUUCCUUUUCCUGUUCCUUCCCUUAAUCAUAUAUUUCAUAUGCCUCCCCUCCACGCGCUUCUGUACGACGGGCCAUUCGUUAUUCGCACCCUUCACUUCGUUACUCACAACAAUGUUAGCUAAAAUAUAUAUAAGUUUGUUUGUUUGUUUGUUUUGGAGGGAGGGGGAGGGAGGGAAGAGGGGCAUGUACACAAACACAAACACAAACACAUAUACACGAAGUACACGCACUUACCUCCACCGCACAUAUAUACUUAUGUAUAUACUUUUUUUUCCCCCCCCUCAAAUAUAUAUAUAUAUAUAUAUAUGUAUAUCAUUUUUUUUUUUGGCUAGCUUCUUCUCUUUUUAA